GCCGCAGUUCUCGCGGGAGCUGGGAGUGUUCGCUCCGGGCAGCCGGGCGGUCUCGCGCCGCCGCCAUUGUGUUGCGGGAGCGGCGCGAGCGGGCGGCUCGGCCCGGCCCGGCCCAGCCUGCGCGGCGGCCUGGCCGUUACGGAUACAAAGGAUGGAGUCAAAACCCUCAAGAAUUCCUCGCAGGAUAUCUGUUCAGGCUUCCAGCUCUCCUGUAGGAUCUAGAAGUGGAAACAGUUUAUCUGAUGCAUAUAGUACAAGAGAAUCUUCAUGGAGAUUAGACUCUGGAUACCAGGAAUCCAGUGUAUUGAAUAGCUCCAGUAGAGACUGGAGAAUUGGAGAAAGGGACACCCGUGAAACUCCUUGGAAGCUUACAGCGUCGUCUCCAACUCGCUACUCAGGGACACUUGAUCACCCUCAUUCUGGAAGGUUUUUGGGAAGCAGAAGCAGAUUGUCUACAUCUUCCUCUCAUUUCACAUCUGGGUGUUAUGGUGAGUCUGAGAGAACUCAGGGAGCAUAUCCAAGACUGCAUAGCCAGCAGCAAGAUAGUGACUCAAAGAGACCUAAACUAUCUUGUACAUCUACCUCUUCUGUGAGAAGUAAUGGCUUGGCUGCCUUUUCAGAUUCCUCCUGGAGAUGCAGUAGGAUUCCUAGAUCUUCGUCCGUAAUGCUUGGCUCCCUUGGAACUGAUCUGGUGAGAGAGCGAACGCAGUUAGAAAGAAGAACAGAUCUGUCUGUUAAUAACCUGCUGGAUCCCAGCUACGGAAACAGUGACUUUUCACCUUCAACAUAUCUUCAAGACAGGCCUGCCUCUUCAUACGCAGAGGGAGCAAGACCAAAAGAAAACUCAUUAAGCACUUUGAGGCUGAAUGCACCCAUGAACCGCCAGUUGCCUUCUGAUCAUCAGCCAUCUUUUUUCAACAGAGACUCUAACAUUAGCUCUUCAAGAUCCAGCUAUUCUUCAAGACAAAGGAGAAAUGAAUUGGAAUCUCCCCAGAGGAGUGUGCAGCCAGCAUUUUCUCUUACUGCCAUUAGAGAUGAACCCCCCUCCUCAAGUGGUUCCGAAAGGAUUUUAUCCUCUCAGAGGUCAUUCAAUGAGUCUGGAGCUGACAGUGAAGGGAGGCGCACAACCAGACAGCUGCUGUCUCGUUUAGCAUCUAGUAUGUCAUCUACGUUUUUCUCUCGAAGGUCUAGCCAAGACCCAUUGCAUACAAGAUCGUUAGGCCCUGAAGAGUCAACAGUGGUCCCAAGAGUUCAAGCUACUGCUCUGUCAAGUAGUAAUGGAGCUGCAGCUCCGGAGGUUCCAGGACUUCAGUCAUCCGAAGCUUCUCAGGGGUUCAGUUUUCUUGGACGAAGAUGGGGUUUAUCAGGAGUUUCACAGAACCGCAACUCUGAUUCUGAUGGGGAAAGUUACAGACCAGACACUGAAAGUAGGAGCACAGGAUCCUGGUUGUCAUCCUCUUUGAGGAACAGAUGUACGCCUCUCUUUUCCAGAAGAAGAAGAGAAGGACGAGAUGAAUCUGCAAGGAUCUCUACCCCUGAUACAACUGCUAGAUCACAGCAUGUCUUUAGAAGGAGAGAGUCAGGUGAGGAGACCUCUCUUGAAGCAUCAGAUAGCCCUCCUCGGGCUUCUGUUAGCAGACCAACGCCUGCAGUAUCUGUUAUUUCUACAGCUACUGCCUCCCCACCGGAUUCAGGCUCCAGUGGAAGACGUUCAGGAAUUCUGCCUGCUUCUCUCUUUCGCUUUGCAGUGCCUCCAACAUUAGGAAGCAGUCUGUCUGACAAUCUUAUGAUAACUGUAGAUAUUAUUCCCUCUGGCUGGAAUCAGUCUGAUGGACAAGAAAGUGGCAAGUCUAAAAUACCACCUUCAAGAGAUCCGGAAAGACUCCAGAAAAUUAAAGAAAGCCUGCUUUUAGAAGAUUCUGAAGAUGAAGAGGGUGACUUAUGCAGAAUCUGUCAGAUGUCCUCUGCAAGUUCUGACAACCUUUUAAUAGAGCCAUGCAAAUGCACUGGAAGCCUGCGGUAUGUUCAUCAGGAGUGCAUGAAAAAAUGGCUGCAGUCGAAGAUAAAUUCAGGUUCUUCUUUGGAAGCAGUGACAACUUGUGAAUUGUGCAAAGAGAAGUUGCAUCUCAAUCUGGAAGACUUUGACAUUCAUGAACUUUAUAGGGCACAUGCAAAUGAACAAGCAGACUAUGAAUUUAUCAGCUCUGGUCUCUACCUUGUAGUGUUGUUACAUUUAUGCGAGCAGCGCUUUUCUGAUAUGUUAGGAACUGCAAAUGAGGCCAGCACACGUGUCAGACUUCUGAAGAUGACUCUGAAGACUGAUGCUGGUAGAACUUUCAUACUGCAAGAAACAAACAGAAUUGCUGCAGAAAUGCUGAACUGGCAAGAAUAUCAACAUGCAUUUGUUUUAUUCCUCUCCUUAGUAAAAUGCGCAUUGAAUAUUACUGUAGUUUUUGAAGCAUUGUUGAAUUCAAAAUCAACUGCUGCACAGUGGAGCUCAGUAGACUUGAGAACUACUCAGCAUGUGUGCGGAUUAGAUACAUAGAAAGCAACUUCCCUUUUUAAAUUAUGAGGAUGUUGUGCUUUGUUUUGGAAGACAUCAGAUUCUGAAUAUUUAAGGAAGCUCUAUCUCCCUUUGUGUUUUCUUCUUACUGUAGUCAGACUUCUGGCUUUGUCUUACCAAGUUUUGCUCCUGUACUGGCACUAAGUGGUUAUAGGGGGUUUCAGGGGGAGGGUGGGGAUGCCCAUGUACUUAAAUAGGUUUUGUUUGGGUGUUCUUAAAUGCCUCUUUUGCUGCAUCAUAUAACUGAUUGCUUCCAUUGUUAAUGAAUGAACAGGAGGAUAAGCAAGAUACCGUGGAGAUUGUUUGGGUUUAGGCUUAUUUGAAGACUAUUAUUUAACUCAAAAAGCAAUAAGAACUUGCAGUGGUCUUUUAAUACUUGGUGAUGGCUUUUUUAUGUACCAGUUUGGAAAUCUGAGAUUAUAUUUGAUAUCAUGUGGCUGUUCCAUUAUGGAAUAUCGCAGGUGUAAACUCUUGCAUUUCAGCAUUCCUGGCAGAUAUGCAACUUGACAAAGACCUCUGGUUGUUUAGUUUAAUCAGACUUUUUUUAGAUCCCACCCUCACUGUUCAAAGCACCGGUUAUCAAUGUGUUUUCUAGUGUUGUCACUUCUUUAUAAAUAAAGACGAAAGAGGUAUGCA